GUUUUUGUAUGUAUAAUGUGUGUAAAUUUCUCUUGUAUUUAACCCAAAAAGAGAGAACGAAAAUGGCGCUCUACUUCUCCAAGAGGCAAUUCCUUCGGACAUGGGGUAGUGAUCGGAGACGUUCUUAACGACUGAACUGUCUUCACUUCCGACUUCCUUAGAGCAUCACCCUUCUCAUUCACUCCCGGUGACGUCCUAUAUCCAUUUAUCCACCGACCUCUCUCUCCUUUGCUUGUAGUUUUCUAUUGAAACAUUCGAUGGGUUCACACGAGGAAGUUGUGGAAAUUAGUAGUUUGGAAAGGGGUCUAUUGUCAGAAUGCCGCUCUGAUUUGGAACCCGAAAGCGAUGAUGAACCUGUGUUGUUUGCAGCUUCCUUUCAAGAGAUGGAAGACAAUUUUGUUAAGUAUCAUACAGCACAAUGGGUUCUUUACUCCUUGCUUUUGAUUUUGGCGUGGGGGAUUGGGUUGUUGAUGUUGCUUUAUCUACCUGUAAGAAAAUACAUUCUGCGGAAAGAUUUUCAAUCGAAGAGGCUUUAUCUUACGCCGAAUUCAAUAGUAUACAAGGUUACUAGACCUGUACCUCUUCCAUGUUUUGGAGUAUUGAAGAAAGAGAAGCAUGUUCUGUUGCCUUCAGUGGCAGACAUUAUAAUUGAACAAGGAUAUUUGGAAUCUCUCUAUGGAGUUUACUCUAUUAGGAUAGAGAAUGCUGGCGUGAGAAGACCACCUGGUGAUGACGUUCAUAUCCAAGGGAUUACAGAUCCAGUUGCAUUUAGAAAGGCUGUUCUAAUGCGUCUUGCUGGUAUGAGAGAUGAUGGCAACACUUCUCAGAUUUCUACAAUUGAAGAAGUUUUAAAUACAAAGGCAUCCCCAUCAAAAUCUUCAAAGUAUGACCCGUAUUUAUAUUCGGGUGAACAAGUACUUCAGAAAGUAGAGGAGGUUGGAAGUUCUGUGAAGAGAGUUCAAGCUUUGAUUGAAGAGCAUCAGUCUCAAGUAUCUAACAUUUUAGAUUGAAAUCUUUCAUUGACAAAGUUUGUCUUGCUCGAGUUUUGUGAUCAGCUCCAAAAUGGUAGAAGGCGAGUCCCAAUUUUGUGAGGAUUGAAGCCGAGUAUGCUGAAGAAAAUAUACUCCUAACGAGUAAGAUAUGUUCUAAACUCUAUUCUAUGGCUGAUGAGCCGUGUCAAUUACCAUUAGUAUACUGAUUGAGGGCCCGAGGCUGUAGUUUUGGAAGAAAUGUUCCUAGUUUACUCUGGUGUAGGUGUAUUUUUAGUGUUGGAAACCAUUCAAGUAUAUAUGAUAUAAACAUGGUUGUGGGUUUUUCUUUUGUCUUGAAUUUGUUAAACUUAUUUGGAAGAAGCAUAUUCAUGUAAUUAAAUUAGUAUUACCACUGGAUCUUUCCUUUUCUCUUCCACUGUAUAGAAAGGGGUUGGAAUAUUCCCCUCCUGUCCAUGCAAACCUGCACUUGCAGUAGUCUUCACUCAAUGAAAGGAGCUUUUCCCCA